AUGAAGCUACAACUUAAUACAAUUGUAGUCCAUAAUUUUAAAAGUUACAAAGGUACACACAUUAUUAAUAACAUAGAUCCUAAUUUUACUGCUAUCGUAGGUCCAAACGGAAGUGGGAAAAGUAACAUCAUAGAUUCUAUUCUCUUCGUUCUUGGGUUUCGAGCUAAAAAGAUGAGACAUUCUCAACUUACAGAUCUUGUAUACAAUGAUGGUACUAAAGAAACAAAAUGCUAUGUCGAAUUACGUUUUAACAAAUUCAGCAUCAAAAGGGAAGUAAAUAUUAACAAAAGUACUAAGUAUUAUAUUAAUGAUAAGGAUUCUUCUAGCAAUGAGGUAAUAAAAAUUAUGAUGGAUGAGGGUGUUGACAUGGAACACAACAGAUUUCUUAUACUACAGGGUGAAAUCGAAAGCAUAGCAAUGCUAAAACCUAAAGAGGGAUUGCUUGAGUUUCUAGAAGAUAUCAUAGGAACAAGCAAGUAUGAGAAAGAGAUUGAGGAAACUACACAAAGUCUUAAGAUUCUUGAGGAGGAGAAUAUUAAUAGGCAGAGUAAUUUGAAGUUCUACAGAAAGGAACUUGAUCAUGUUAAUGAACUUAAGUGUCAGAAUGAAGAGAUUAUUGAUGGCAAAUUGUCUAUUUUGGAAUUAUCAAAAGAAAAGAAAGAAAUGACGAUUGAGUUGAUGAAAAGAGACAUAGAAAAAAAAACUGUUGACAAGAAUGAAUUUUACAGUCAAAUUGAAAAUUAUCAGAGUAAAAAUUUGGAGACUAGAAAUCUUCUAAAUAGCUUCGAUGAAAGCUAUAAAAAUUUAAAGAAUAAAUUAAAAGCUAAAGAGGCUGCUGUAUUGACCUUGAGAAGGGAAUAUAAAAAACUCGAAAAACAUAAUUCUGUGCAAUCAGAUUUAAAAUCUAGGUUAGAAAAACAAAUUAAAUCUUUAAAAUCAGAGGUUGAUUCUUUGAAGUGUAAGAUUGAUAUGAGAAACAAGGAAAAUAAAAUUUUUGCAAAAGAAGUGGAUGAAAAUCAAAUAGAAAUUAAUAAACUUAAUGAGGAUUCUGAAAGAUUGAAUUCUAUACUGGUUGGAGAAGAAAAUAAAGUAAAGAUUAAAGCCAAGAAAGAUAUUUCUCAAUUGAAGAGUCUUGAAGAUGAACUAGUCAAUUUAUUGACAAAGAAAUCUGGAAUUCUACAAGAAAAUGCGAAGACUUUUGGAGAGAAGAAAUUUAAAAUAGUAGAAAAAGAUCUUGCACAAAUUGAAGCUGAUUUGUACAAAACUAAUAAGGAACUGCAGAGCAGAAAAAAUAGAGUUCAUGAGUUUAGUCAACGACAAGAAAGUGACAAAAAGGAAAAGGAAAUGUUUAAGUAUUUCGAAAACAUCAAGGGAGUGUAUGGAAGACUUAAAGAUGUAGGUAAUAUCGAAGAAAAAUAUGAAACUGCUCUUAAGGUAGCAUGUAGUAGAAUGAAUAAUAUUGUCGUGGAUACAACUACUACUGCAGAAAAGUGUAUAGAAAUCAUCAAAAAACAUAAUCUACAAAGAUCUACAUUUAUUGUGAUUGAGAAAAUUAAGGAGAUACCUGAACUUCAAAAACAAAAAGCUCCAUAUUUGUUUGAAUUGAUACAAUGUGAAGCUGAGUACAAAAAAUGCUUCUUUUUUGCUUUGAACGAUACCUUAGUUUGUAGAGAUUUAGUGGAAGCUGAGCAAUUAGCAUUUGGUAAGGACAGAAAACGUGUUGUUACUAUUGAUGGAAAACUUAUUGAAAAAAGUGGUGUAAUGAGUGGCGGGAAGUUUAAUGAAAAGGUUAAAGGAUACGAAGAACUAGAAAAAGCAGUUACGAAAAUGAAUGAACUUAGGGAUCAGAAAAUUGCUUUGCUAAAGGACAUAAACGAAUUUGAAAAUAAAGAACAUUACAUAAACAAGCUUAAUUUCAAGAACAAGAAAAUACAUGAACUUACAAAAGAAAUUCAUCAACUUGAAUUAUUCGAGGGAAAUAAUGAUUUAGCUGAGAUAGAGUCUAAGAUCUGUGAAACUAAGGAUAAAGUUGCAAGUCUAAAGAAAAAGGUAGAAGGUUCGUUUAAUGCUGUUACUAAGACCUUAAGGGGUGAAUUGCAGGUAAUUUAUGAGAAAUUAGAGAUUUUAGAGAAUAGAAAUCAGGAACUUAGGAUUCAUUUGAGUGAACAACUUUCUGAUUCAUUUUCUGAAAAGGAAAAUGAGUUGAAAGAAAAAGAAAUUCAGUUGGGUAAAAUUCAAUUGUUUGAAAUAGCUGAUAUAAAAAAUAAAUUGGACUUUGAGGAAGACGAAUACAAUGAUAUUUUAGAUGAAUUUAAAGAGGUUCAAGAGAAGGUUUCAGCAGUCAAAAAAAGAAUGGGUGAGGAUUAUCAUAUGGAGAUUGAUCUUAAAAAUAAAUAUGACGAUGUAGAGGAACAGAUUAACGACUUAGCGGAAAGUAUCGAAAAAUGUAAAGAAGAUGAAAGGAAAAUUUCCGCUGAACUGGAAAACCUGUACAAGAAACUUAAAGGUAAGAAGUAUAAAAAAUCAACUUUUGAGCCUUUUGACGGGAAAAAUUUAUCUAAUGAAGAUAUUAAUGACUUUAUAGUUAAACAAGAUAAAAAAAUUAAACAGCUUGAAUCUGUUGUCGGAAGAACUGAAAUUGAUUUUAACGUUUUCGAGGAAUACAAUAAAAUUAAAGAUGUACAUGACAAAGUAGAAGAUGAAUUCAAUAUCUAUAAAGAUAAGUGUAUCACCAUUAAAAAUAAGAUAGAUUCACUUAAAAAUACAAGAUUUAAUGAGUUUAUGGAAGGAUUUUCUUUGAUAAAUAAGAAUCUCAAAGAAAUUUACAAAACAUUAACAUUUGGAGGAAAUGCAGAGCUGGAACUUGUAGAUUAUCUUGAUCCUUUUAGUGAAGGUAUCAUUCUUGCUGUAAUGCCGCCAAAAAAGUGUUGGAAAAAUGUGAGCAAUCUUAGUGGUGGAGAGAAAACCAUUAGUAGCCUUUCCUUAAUAUUUGCAUUACAUAAAUAUAAACCAUCUCCAUUCUAUGUAAUGGACGAAAUUGAUGCUGCUUUGGAUUAUAGAAAUGUCAGUAUUAUCUCAAACUAUCUUGAGGAAAUGACUAAAACCUCUCAGUUUAUUGUAAUAAGCUUAAGAAGCGAUAUGUUUGAAAUAAGUAACUCUCUUCUCGGUAUUUACAAAAUUAAUAAUUUAAAAGAAAAAUUUUAUAUUCCCUUUAUGGGACUAGAGAAAGCUAAUAACGUUGUAAAGUUUUUUUUCAAACACAUAAACAAACUAAUCCCGGUUUUAGGAACUAAAGGUGAUACCAUAUUAGAAAUUGCACAUAAAAAUAAUAUAGAACUAGAAGGGGCAUGUGAAGGAUCCUGUGCAUGUUCAACGUGUCAUGUGAUACUUGACAAAGAUCUGUAUAAGAAACUUGGGGAACCAAGUGAUAAAGAGUACGAUUUACUAGACCAAGCAUACGGUUUACGAAGUACAAGUAGGCUAGGAUGUCAAAUUGUAUGUAAUGAUUUAUUUAAAGACAAAAUAAUAACAAUUCCGAAAGCAACAAGAAACAUGGCUGUUGAUGGAUACAUACCUAAACCUCAUUAA